AUGCCCCCCCCUCCAGCCGUGUCUCCUCCCCCGGGCCGGUCCCAGGCGCCUGCGCUGCGCUCCCGUAGCGUGGCCGGUCCCGGGGCUGUGCCCCCGCCCGCUUCCAUGCGCCGGCUGCCGCCCGGCCCCAGCACGGUGAUGGGCGGCCGGACCCCGGGGAGCCCCGGCGGGGCCCGGGCUGCUCGGCGGCGGCUGCGGCGGCGCAGCGGGACCCCCCGGCUGCUGCCCGACGUGCGGAGCAUCUUCGUGGCACCGCGGGAGCCGGCGGAGCGCGGCCGCGGACACCGCUUCGGCCCUCGGCCCCCUCGCCGCGGAUGGUGCGACCUGUGCGGGGAGGCGGUGCGGGAGCGAGCCCUGCGCUGCGAAUACUGCAGGUACACCUGCCACCAGGAAUGCCUCAGCCUCAUCCAGCUGGAUUGCCGCCGGCCCAGCCAGUGCCAGAGCCAGCUCUCCCCCGAGGGCACCCUCCUGCCGCCCUGCAGCCAGGUAAUGGAUAAUCAGGGAAAAAGCAUCCUCAAGUUUCAUAGAACCCCAGCCUGGUACUGGAAGCUGCUCUAA